GGGCAGGGGCGGGGCAGGGAAGCCGACUGACUGAAGCGGCGCUGGGAGCGGCUGUCGGACGCCGGCGGAGCCGCGGACCAGGAAGAAGAUGAGCCUGAAGUCCGAACGCCGGGGAAUUCAUGUGGAUCAAUCUGAGCUCCUGUGCAAGAAAGGAUGCGGUUACUACGGCAACCCUGCCUGGCAGGGUUUCUGCUCCAAGUGCUGGAGGGAGGAGUACCACAAGGCCCGGCAGAAGCAGAUCCAAGAGGACUGGGAAUUGGCAGAAAGACUUCAGCGGGAAGAGGAAGAGGCCUUCGCUAGCAGCCAGAGCAGCCAAGGAGCCCAGUCCCUCACAUUCUCCAAGUUCGAGGAAAAGAAAACCAAUGAGAAGACCCGCAAGGUCACCACAGUGAAGAAGUUCUUCAGUGCUUCUUCCAGGGUUGGAUCCAAGAAGGCAGAAAUUCAGGAAGCCAAAGCUCCCAGUCCCUCCAUAAACCGGCAAACCAGCAUUGAGACGGAUCGAGUGACUAAAGAGUUCAUAGACUUUCUCAAGACCUUCCACAAGACAGGCCAAGAAAUCUAUAAACAGACGAAGAUGUUUUUGGAAGCAAUGCAUUACAAAAGGGAUUUGAGCAUUGAGGAACAGUCAGAAUGUACUCAGGACUUUUAUCAGAAUGUGGCCGAAAGAAUGCAGACUCGUGGGAAAGUGCCUCCAGAGAAAGUGGAGAAGAUAAUGGAUCAGAUUGAGAAGCACAUCAUGACCCGUCUCUAUAAAUUUGUGUUCUGCCCUGAGACUACUGAUGAUGAGAAGAAAGAUCUUGCCAUUCAAAAGAGGAUCAGGGCUCUGCACUGGGUGACACCUCAGAUGCUCUGUGUCCCUGUCAAUGAGGAAAUCCCGGAAGUGUCUGAUAUGGUGGUGAAAGCGAUCACAGACAUCAUUGAGAUGGACUCAAAGCGUGUGCCUCGGGACAAGCUAGCCUGCAUCACCAGGUGCAGCAAACACAUCUUCAACGCCAUCAAGAUCACCAAGAAUGAGCCAGCCUCUGCCGACGACUUCUUGCCCACCCUCAUCUACAUCGUCCUGAAGGGCAACCCCCCUCGCCUGCAGUCCAACAUCCAGUACAUCACUCGCUUCUGCAACCCCAGCCGGCUUAUGACAGGCGAAGAUGGCUACUACUUCACUAACCUGUGCUGUGCUGUGGCUUUCAUUGAGAAAUUAGAUGCUCAGUCGUUGAAUUUAAGUCAGGAGGAUUUUGACCGAUACAUGUCCGGCCAGACUUCCCCGAGGAAGCAGGAGUCUGAGAGUUGGUCCCCUGAAGCCUGCUUAGGUGUGAAGCAAAUGUAUAAGAACUUGGAUCUCCUGUCUCAGUUGAACGAACGGCAGGAAAGGAUCAUGAAUGAAGCCAAGAAACUUGAAAAGGACUUAAUAGACUGGACAGACGGAAUUGCCAAGGAAGUUCAAGACAUUGUUGAGAAAUACCCCCUUGAGAUUAAGCCCCCAAACCAACCCUUAGCAGCCAUUGACUCUGAAAACGUGGAGAACGACAAGCUCCCGCCCCCACUGCAGCCGCAGGUGUACGCAGGGUGAUGUCUUGCUCAUGGCCAUAUUUACUUGGGGCUGAGUUCAGGGAGCUGCUGCGUUCCACUGUUCAGGUCUGGAAUACGAAGUAACUGCUUAAGUCAUCAAAGUAUUUUUAAGGUACAGUUUUAGGGAUUGUUUUGUUUAUUUUCUUUUUUUUUCCUUUUUUGUUAGCAGGGGAAGCUAGUAAAUAAUAAUGCACUAUUUAUUUGAGUUGGUGAAGUAGGUUUGUGUGAAUUCUGUUUCAAUCUUUUAUGUCCUCCUUGAUUUUCCCAUGGGCUUCCUCUGUGGGAGACACUGUUGUUGGUUUGGGGCAAAUAUGCCUUUAAAAGGAUAAAACAGAUACUACAAAGUCUAUGUUGAAAUGAAUCCAAUAUUCCCACACUCUCCCAGUGUGAAGUAGUAAUUUUGUAAUUGUAAAGAUAGAAGAUAUGUUAAUAAGUAAAUAUGUAAAAUUGUAAAUAUGUAAAAAAAAUAGGGCUGGGGGAGGGAUGGUGUCCGCGUGCAUGGCAUUUCACAUGCUGUUUGUUGUUUUUUAGAUGAAAAUGAAAUAUAUUGAAUGUUUGCCUUUAGCACCAUUUUGUUUUGUCCCACUAAAAAGAAUUAAAAACUUUGGGCUUUCACCUUUAA